AUGAAAAUUCUAUUCAGUUUAUUUGCCUUAUUAAGCUUUAUUAGCUUGUGUUACGGGUUCUCUCAGCCAAUCAUUCAAAAUACUAGAAAACAGGAUUGUAUUGAUGGACGCUGUGGACAACUUUGUGCAUGGGACGGUGCUAAAUUGUUCCCAGGAGAUAAUUUAAAUCAACCUGGAAAGUGUAGAUUAUUGGCAUGUAGAUCAAACUUUGACAUUGCAAUCACACCAUGUCCAUUUGACAUGACCGGACAGACUGUUUAUGUAGAUCAGGACAACAGCAAGCCGUACCCAGACUGCUGUGGAAAAAAAGUUCCUCGCAAUAGAAAUUAA